UGGUGACUAUUUCUUCUGUCUGCAGAUUUAAUUUGUUCCUUGGCACGUCAUCUGUGGCAAGCAGGACAAUGGCUGCCAGCAAGAGCAAGAACCAGAGUUCCUUGGCCCUCCAUAAAGUAAUUAUGGUUGGCAGUGGAGGCGUGGGCAAAUCUGCACUCACUCUUCAAUUUAUGUAUGAUGAGUUUGUAGAAGACUAUGAACCUACCAAGGCUGACAGCUACAGAAAGAAAGUAGUUCUCGACGGUGAGGAAGUUCAGAUAGACAUUCUGGAUACAGCAGGACAGGAGGAUUAUGCUGCUAUCAGAGACAACUAUUUCCGCAGUGGGGAAGGGUUUCUUCUAGUCUUCUCAAUAACAGAGCAUGAAUCUUUCACAGCAACAGCAGAAUUUCGGGAACAGAUCCUGCGUGUGAAGGCUGAAGAGGAUAAAAUCCCUUUACUGGUAGUAGGAAACAAAUCUGACUUGGAAGAGCGCAGACAAGUGCCUGUAGAAGAGGCUAGAAGUAAGGCAGAAGAGUGGGGUGUGCAGUAUGUAGAAACCUCUGCCAAAACUAGAGCGAAUGUAGAUAAGGUAUUCUUUGAUUUAAUGAGAGAAAUCAGAGCAAAGAAAAUGUCAGAAAACAAAGACAAGAAUGGCAAGAAAAGUGGCAAGAACAAGAAAAGCUUUAAAGAAAGAUGUUGCUUACUGUGAUGCUUGGGAACUGUAAAUGUCUAUCUGCAGGUGUCAUGGAUAAGAUACCACUAAGGAUAUAGGGCUAGAUUCAUGAAAGGAAGUCUGUAUUGACUCCCUUAUCUUUUGCUUUGCAUAUCACACCUUAAAAAUGUGAAAACAGAACUUUGAAAUGAUUUCUGGUAUCCAAGAAAAUCUAUGCCUACUGAAACUGAACAGGCUUUGUCUUCCCAGUGUCUUUCAAAACUAGACAUAAUUUCAGACUUACAGUCCUUCUGCUUGGUUAUACAAAGUACUUUUAUAUUUCUUCCUAGUUUGUUAAUGUUUCUCUGAAUGUUUAUCUUGAACCUCUACUAGCCUUAACAAGCACAGGUGUUCAGGUUCAAGCACUUUUUUCUCCCCCUGUUGCUGCCCUCGUUGAUGUUGCAAGCUGCAGAAAAGCUAGAUUGAUGUCCGAUAAAGGGUUUGAGUCUCCAUCUUCUGUUAGUUGUUACUUAUACUUCUUACACUGAAAUCUGCUGGCUUCUUCCCUAUGCUCCAUGUAAGAAACAGCAACUGACAGUUGAGAGUCAACUCAAAACAAAGUUUCUUCCAUGUUCUGUUUAGUCAAUACAGCAUUCAUGAAUCAAGCCUAUGAACUCCAUUCAGACUGAUAUAGGCAAUGCAAAAAAAAAAAUAUUUAAAUAUUGGCUAGAUGCAUUCCCUUUUGGUCUGUCUUCUUAUCCUUAAACUCAUGAUAUGGGGUGAGAAAAUUGCUAUAAGCAUUUCUACAAAAGGAAUAAUAUUGUUACCACCUCCUUCAAAUGCUGUCCUGGGUUUCUCCCAUAUAUUGUGGCUAAACUCAGUUACACUCGUGCUACAUGUAUCAUCCUCCCCUCCCCAGUACUGGAAUAGUGAAAAUCAAAGUGUAGAUUUCAUCAUUUUUGUUUAUAUAUGGAGUACUUGUGAUAAUGUUGAAAAGUGGGAAUAUCUGCAUCUGUCUCCUGUCUUGCUGAAGACAAAAACAUUGAGUAAGAAUGGGUCACAUCACACAGUCAUGUCUUGGAAUAAGUGAGGUGUACAUGCUACCUCUCAAUGAUUAGCUGGCUAGUGAGUUAUGGUGUCAAAAAGCAAAUGAAGUUAAGCAGUUGCCAUAUCUGUUAUCACUGUUAAUUUUAUAUGUACGGUUUCUGAUGCACAGCAACCUAGCACAUGGGGAUGCAUGCCAAGUUUUGCUGGUCAUGACAUUGAUCAACAAAACCCAGCCUAGAAAUGGAAAAGUCAGUACUUAGGUCUUCCUGUCAGCUGACUAAACUGAGCUUUCUGAUUCAGUUUAAGUACAGUUGCCAAAAAAGCCCACUUCUAUCACUGUGGAAAGUAACUGUCUCUUGUGGAGUCUAUCAAUGAAUUAUGGUUAUCUUCUGUUUUGAAGGAGUAGGGUGAAUUUUGCUUAACCUGAGUGCUUGGAACACAGUUACUUGGUGAAAGGAAUAUGCUGUGUGCUUGUUCAGUAAAGUACACUGCAGCGCUAAAUUAACAAAUAGUUUCUUUUUGAGGUGAAUGAGUAGUGAAUACUGUUUCAGUACUUAGUAUUGCAAUUUGAGUUUGAAAAACAUUUUUUGACAUGUACUAGAUUGCUCUUGUGCAUUCCACUUCUGAACUUUGAAAAAAGAGAUGUGUUAGAUAACAGAACCUCUGUUGGCUUGAGGUUUCACAGGGACUUAUUGCAAACUCAUUGUCUUCCAUAACUAGUUCAACUUGUCAGGCAACGCAUUGAAUUGGGGAAACUGUACUAAAUAAAAGGUGCUGUAAUCUUCA